AUGGAUCGGACUUCGGGAACAUAUGCAGAUGGUGACGACAGUGCAGUUAGUUGCGACAUGAUUGGAGAAGUGCCGGUACGAUCCAGCUCGGCACCACCGGAUCCUUCUCUAAGGCUAUCGACGCUCGAGGAACCUAAGAGUAUCGCCUACGACCAACGAGAAGCAUCUCAAGUCGUACUUCACCAGUCAACUUGGUCAUCGACCCGAAACCGGGGAUCCAAACUCGACCUCUAUAAAGACUUGGUCUUAUUCCUAAGCUUCGUCUUUCCAAAUGCGACGCAAGAGUAUCCCGUGCCAGUCUGCUCCCUCUCAGCAGGCGAUGGUCAAGUCGGCCAUGCUCAACCGCAGUCAUACUUUAAAGAGAGUCUGGUGGCGCUUCCCAAAGGAAUGCUGUCACACAACCUGACGCGAGACGAAGGUCAAGAUCUCCGAUCGCAAGGUAUAGCAGCGCGAGUAAAGGCGCUGGACUUGUCAUCGACACCCGCAAUGCAUACCUUCUUCACGCAUGGGGUGCUCCCUCAUUCCGGCAGCGGUUCCAUGACAUCAGCUACAGGCGCACAGAGCUGGCUUGAUGCAGGUUCCGAUCCAGGUUUUCGGCCUGACGGAUUGUGGCACAUGCCGUAUCCAGGGAUGGCUCCGGCCAACCCUGGGAACGAAAGCCUUGCACCACCUUUCGGAUCUGGAAUCGCUCGCAACCCAAUGUGGGGCUUCGCCGAAUACCAAGUGAGCGCAGACAUGGGGCACGAUUGGAGAGAUCUCCAGAGUCCCAUGACGCAUGGAUCGGAGAGCUUGACGAAUACAAGUGGCUCAAGCUCGCUUGCCUCGAGUCGAUCGUUACCAGACUUGACAUGGACUUCGAACGACCCAUGGCCAAGUCGUUCAGGGGCGAAAUGGCUGGAGGACAACCCUGACCCUAGCGAGGAGAGGUCGACCAAGCGACAAGCAGGCCUUGGUUCCGAGCGAGUCGACUUAGGACAACCCUUGUCAGCUUCUUGGACACCGAACACGGAGACGAGCAACAGAGCGCAAGCAAACUCGCAAACGUUGAAUAUGGAUUGGCAGUCAAGCUCAGUUCCAGGUGCGGGCAGCAGCAUUAUUACAGUUGGCAGGAUUGCAGGUGGUCGCAUCGAGGAAGGUUCAAUAGGCUCAAAGAAGCGGAUCUGGUACAGAGCACCAAACGGUCAAUUUGCUUCUGCUACGCAAGCACUCUCAGGCAAUUUCCCAGGAGAAGGCAGUGGUGGCAGCGGGCAAGAUAGCUUACAUGGUAACAGCGAGGGCUUCCGACGGAUUCGAAGACGACGCAAGUCGGAAGAAGUGGAGCGCAAGUACCGAUGCGACUAUGAUGGGUGCGACAAGGCGUACGGAACACUGAAUCACCUCAACACACACCGCGCUACGAAUGACCACGGUCCACGACUCAACGCAGAUAUCGACGAGCUUACGCGGAGUGGAAGCGCAGGCAGAGCGCCAGACAAGGUGCUUAGCUACCUUUGA